AUGUGGGUGAAAAUGCAAAAUUUCAGACAUUUGAGAGCAAGCAUGCAACUGCCAAUAAGAGGGAAGACACCACUACCUCUGGAAAUCACCUCUGAAGAUAAGAGUGUGUUUCUGAUAAUACCAAAUUCAAGGAUGAUGAAUAAUAAAAAGGUAAUUCAUAAAAAGGAUAGCUUGAUAAUAACAAAUGUUAGUCAAGAAUAUUUAGAGAAUGAUAACAAUAAUAUCAAUACUUUGUCCUUUCCUAAUAUAUCACUAGGUGACGGUAAUGAUAAUAAUAGUGAUAUGGUAUCACUUUAUUCUAUAAGGUCUGAAUGA